CAGCCUGCCCUUGAGGAGCCGCUGUGGAGGGCGCGCGGCGCGGGCACCGUGGUACCGGGUCGUGGAACGUGGGCCCUGAGUAGCGGGAAACGGGCCCGGGUGCUGCUGGCGCCGUGCGCCCAGAAUGGGGUGGGGGGAGUCCUGUGCAGUGGGGCUGGGGUCCUGCUGCUUGCCCUGCACCAUGUAGCAGGACCGAAGGGACCCCGCACACCGUGAAAUGGAGCUGGGAAUCGUGCACUUUGCUCAUGGUGGUCCCAUGUGGAGAUGGGUCCCCCCGACCCCAUCCUGGGGGUGACAGAAGCUUUCAAGCGCGACACCAACUCCAAGAAGAUGAACCUGGGUGUGGGGGCGUACCGGGAUGACAACGGGAAGCCCUUUGUCCUGAACUGUGUUCGCAAGGCAGAGGCUGAGAUUGCAUCCAAAAAGAUGGACAAGGAGUACUUGCCCAUUGGCGGGCUGGCGGAUUUCACCCGGGCAUCUGCAGCACUGGCUCUGGGUGAAAACAGUGAGGUUUUCAAGAGUGGCCGGUAUGUCACUGUGCAGGGUAUUUCUGGGACUGGAUCUCUGCGAAUUGGAGCCAACUUUUUGCAACGGUUCUUCAAGUCCAGUCGUGAUGUGUAUCUACCCAAACCAUCCUGGGGUAAUCACACACCCAUUUUCCGUGAUGCUGGCAUGCAACUUCAGGCUUACCGCUACUAUGACCCCAAGACGUGCAGUCUUGACUUCUCUGGAGCCAUGGAUGACAUUUCUAAAAUUCCAGAGAAGAGCAUCAUCCUCUUGCAUGCUUGUGCUCACAACCCCACUGGGGUGGAUCCCCGGCAGGAGCAGUGGAAGGAGCUGGCAGCUGUGGUGAAGAAACGAAACCUCCUUGUGUACUUUGACAUGGCCUACCAGGGCUUUGCCAGCGGGGACAUCAACCGGGAUGCCUGGGCUGUGCGGCAUUUCAUUGAACAGGGCAUCAACGUCGUCUUGGCACAGUCCUACGCCAAGAACAUGGGGCUGUACGGAGAGCGUGCGGGUGCCUUCACGGUGGUCUGCAGUGAUGCAGAGGAAGCCAAGAGGGUCGAAUCGCAACUGAAGAUCCUCAUUCGCCCCAUGUACUCCAACCCACCCCUGAACGGAGCCCGCAUCGCCUCUAUCAUCCUGAACACCCCUGACCUACGGAAAGAGUGGCUCGUGGAGGUGAAGGGCAUGGCUGACCGGAUCAUCAGCAUGCGGACUCAGCUGGUGUCCAACCUCAAGAAAGAGGGAUCCUCCCACAACUGGCAGCACAUCACUGACCAGAUUGGCAUGUUCUGCUUUACAGGGCUGAAGCCUGAGCAGGUGGAGCGGCUGAUCAAGGAAUUCUCCAUCUAUAUGACAAAGGACGGACGAAUCUCUGUGGCGGGAGUUACGUCAGGCAACGUAGGUUACCUGGCUCAUGCAAUCCAUCAAGUCACAAAGUGAAGACAAACGCGUGCCCUGGAGCUGGUGGCCUUCCCUUCCCCACCAGCCGAAGAUGGGGAGGGAAAGGAAACAGAAUAUUCCAACCACAACGCUUUAUGCUGCUACUGAAUGUAUCUUGUAGAUAAGUUGUAGAAGCCUAGUGAAAAACACCCCAUGUUGUGGGGCAGGGAAAUGGCUGGCUCCUGAUCGUCACAGUUGUUGUCCACUGCUGUCCAUCCUUGUCCAUCAACCCCAACACCCAUCUGUGCUGGAGGGACAAAUGCUUAGCACUGCCAUCCUACUGGCGUAGGCACCAAAGGAUUCCCCACACUUGUUUCUCCAUGAGAAGGCUUUGUGAGGCUGUUGGCUGCUGGUCCAGGCAGCAGUGGAUGGGGAGUUGGGUGGGAGAGCUGCUCAGGUGUGCUCCUGUGACCUCCUCAGCUGGUCCAUGCUGCCACCAGGCUCUGUCCUCCUUCACCCUCCUGGCCCAGGGCUGACAACCAUCUCUGACUUCUCACUGAAAUCUGCUCCAUUGUUGGCUUCUGUCUUUCCAUCUGGGAAUCUCAGGUGUAAUUCACAGUGGCAUUGGUGUGUGGGCCAGACCUGUGUCCCUCCUCUCAACCUGCCUGAUUCUCCUGACUAUGCUCCCCUACCCUGAAGUCAAACAAUUUCUUACCCUUCCCCAAUAAGAACAUCUGAAAACAGCUCUCUUGGUCUCUGCAUCUCCCUGUGCCUGUUCCAACCCAGCGGCCCUCCCUGCAAGCGGAGUCUGUGUGUCCGGUGUGCCCUGCUCUGUCCAUCCUCACAUGGGGCUGCAGGGUGUCCCUCAUCUGCGCUGUUCAGCCACAUUUCUGGUGACACCAGAAAACGGGAGGGAAAGAUUCUAAGGGAAGUCUGAGAGUUGAUGACUCAAAAAACAUUCUGCCCUUUUAUACUGAGUCUGCCUGAGGCCCUGUGACUCACUGGACUCUGAAUUUUAAUCCAAAUAAACUGGUGCACAGCUGUGUUGGGCUGAGAA